UAGUCACCACACCUCGCCUCAGCCCCUCAUUUGACUGGGUGAAGAAUUUUAUGGUUUACAGAGUGAUGGCCUGAGUGUACAGUAGUGUAGAGAAGGGCAUCUACCUUCUCUAAGAACUCGAGGACCUGCUGGUGAACUCCCUCCUCCUCCUUCAGGAUGCCCAAAAGAGCCUUGCGAACCUUCCUCCUCUUUGCUGCCGCCAACUGCUUCGUCUUCGUCAUCAUUGGCUUUGUUGACAUGUUAACAGGCAGGCAGAGUCGUCGUGACCAGCAAGUCUCAGUGCUCGGGUAUGAGGCGAAGAAUGACACACGUUCACCUAUCCAGGAAUAUGAAGUGGAAAGGCUCAUGACGGAGAGGCAGAAGGAGGUGGAGGAGCGCUGUGAAGAGGUGUUGACGCCUGAGGAGAUGCAUCAACCUCCUAACAGCAAAGAGUUCCUGAUCAGCGACAAAUACCAACUGGUGUGGUGUAACGUGUUCAAGGCUGCCUCCUCCACCUGGCUCAAUAACUUCCUCCUGAUGUAUGACCUAAAGAUUAAAAAGAUACUGACCAGAAAUUCCCCCGUCGAGCAGGCCAGGAAGUUUUAUCACCGACCGUCUGUAGAGGUUCUUGACUCCUGCCUCACACAAUAUAAUUACACCUCAUUCAUCAUCGUCAGAGAACCUUUUCAGCGGCUUAUCUCUGCCUUCCGAGACAAACUGGAGACCGAUAGGAAUGAGUUUUACAAGUCACUGAGGUGUCAGAUCAAACUCAACUUCGGUGACGGGAGACGCACGGGGAAGCUGCGUGGCUGGAGCAGAGACUGUCUUCCCUCCUUCAGCGAGUUCAUCGAGUACCUGCUGGACGAGGAAGCUCACGGCAGGUCUCCUAAUGAACACUGGGCGCCUUACUACCGCUUCUGCUCCCCCUGUCAGGUGCACUUCACGUACAUCCUCCACUUCGAGACCCUCACCCAGGACGAGGCCUUCCUGCUGAAGAAGGUGCCUGGGCUCUCGGACGUGUUGAAGCCGCAGAAACUACACAACUCUCACACGAACUACGACAACGUCAUCCACAAUUACUUCCGUCAGCUCACACGCACCCAGCUCCAGGGUCUACUGGAUAUAUAUUCCAAAGAUUUUACUAUAUUCGGAUACAAACACGAAAAAUACUUCGACUACGUGACUACUUCUUCUUAAUAAUAAUAAUAAUAAUAAUAAUAAUAAUAAUAAUAAUAAAAAUAAUAAUAUUAAUAAUAAAAUAUUACUACUACUUAAUACGUGUUCAUAUCAAUAUCUGAAUCAAUCGUAAGUAAAUGCAUCACUACAACUUUUCUACUCCUACAACUCCCUUCCAUCCACACUUUACCCCUUCCACUGAACCUUCUUCACUCGUCACUUGCCGUUUGGUUGUGAAUUCAGUUGUCUCUGAAGAUGUCUUGAAUAAAUGCGAAAGUUAAGGUG